GUGGAGUGAGCUCCGAAUAAAGUCGCGCGAACGAUGGCCUAAGCGUCCCGCGCCGGCAAUGUCGCGCAUGAUGCACCAUGAUGCACCACAACACAGACGGAGUUGCAUCCACGUCAAUUCUCAGAUGUGUCGUGAUAACGGAUGUAAAUCUGAUCGACGAUAAACGUGAUAAAGGUACCCUCCGAGCAAUCCACUGCGCUGUUGACCCUGAAACGCUGCUUUGUCGCAAAGCAGCUUGUUUGUAUUGGUAGUCUCGUGUGUUUUUCAGCCCCUGCUGCGUUGCUGAGAUCAUCGAGAGCGGCCAAUACCUGCACAAGGACCUACCGUUGUGUUGCAAAAGUGGUUAAAGCCCCCGGCGCCCCGCAGCGUCAGCUUCCCCACUCGACCUCCUGCAGAAUCCCCACGUCACCUAAUGGCGCUGCCGCUGCCUCCUGCGUCGAGCCUUCACGCAAUCCUGCUGAUUACAAAGUCGCGCUCGCUGGGCCCUCGUCUUGUUUUCCACUACCCGCCUCUUUCGCCCUCCGCUGCAGCUCUCGCUGCAGCCAAAGAUCCCUCUUGGUAUCGCAACGAAAGCUCUACUGCAAGCGUUGAUUCGAACAGCUCGGACAGCGAUUGGGACAGUAGCACAGAAGCAGAUGAGAAUGACGACCUAGAAAUAGGCAGUCGCACAAGCGGCCGAGGCUCAGGACGAACCGGCCCUAGCGGGAGUCGUGACAGACUAAAACUAGGAAUCGGUGGCUGGAGUAGACAAGAGACGAUCGACGAAGAAGACGUCGAUGAUGAGAAAGAUGGCAAUGCGCGGCACCGUGGUGGUGAUUACGACUGGAACUCUGUGCUUGGCUUCAAGGUCGAUGCGCUCGAGAAGAUACUAACGCCGAGUGAAGACUACAACAAAAGACGUUUUGAGCUUGGUGUAGAAAGCAUCGUCUUCGUCGGUGCGCCCAUGUUCGUAAGAGAAGACGGCCUGUGGAAGAAGCUAAAACGGAGGAAGAAGAAAAGGUCGGAGCUGCAGAGAAUCGAAGAUGGGGAUCUGUCCAAUGCAGAGGAAGAAAUCGAACCAGAACCUUUCAUUUAUCCUCCGGGCUUUGAGCCUGGCUAUGGGCACGAAUCGCCGUCAGUCGCUGGAUCUGUGGCCGCUUCCGAAGCAGGGUCCGAGGCCCGUAGCACUUCCACUGCCGCUCACGAUGACAAUCCUGAUAUGACCAUGUUCAAUGUCGUUUUUGUGCUGAACCCUCCGGCCCUGGAGUAUCAAAGACGCGUCAAGGAGAUGUACGACAAUGUGACUCGGAAGUACGCAAGAGCUCUCAAAUACGAGCAGGCUAGAUUCCAGUACGUCUGGAGAGAGUCGAAGCGUAUCAUCGACAUCAAGCAGCGUGCGAAAGAGAACGGGGAUUCCAUUAGUCUGACGUGGAAAACCCUCCAAGCUACCUCGCCAUUGGCCAAGUCGAUAGCCAUACUUUACAAUGCGAUCUCGGAAGACAAGAUCGCCCAUAUUCACUUCGAUGCCACCUUCAACACAUCGUUCCAGAUACCUCAAGCCAUGUCAACACCCUACCUGCCGAAUUCUCUUGAACCGCAAAUGCCAGGGCUCUGGCUGACGACAUCGAACGUUGUGUUAGACGAAGAGGAGGCACCAAUGACGCAGCACGCAGCACUCCUCCUAUUGGAAGAUCCAGAAAUUUUGAUCAAGGAUCUGGGAGGCGAGUCAACAGACGACGGGGCAGCGAUCGCUGGGCUGAUUCGUAGAAUUGUGCCCACGAAAUCGCUUCUCAAAAUCUCCAAGAAACACAAUAUAUCAGCCCAUGAUAUGCAGUACAUGGCCUCACACUUGGUCUACUGGCGUCGCGCUCAACUUAUCGACCCUCUGUCGCAGCGUGACACAUACAUCAUGUCUCCCAAUGCGAACAUGGCCAAGCUCCCCAGCGCUGCUGCAUCAUUUGCACGCCAGUUCCCAACCUUGCCAUCCCUGCCGAAAUUCUUAGGCCUACUAUCGGGGACUCCACGUAUCUACAAAAGCUUCAUUCCCACCUAUGAGCAUAGAGACACCUAUCUCGAAGUACUGGCAUGGCUAAUGCGAGGUGGUUGGGUUACACAAUUGAGGACAUUUGCAUGGAUACGCGUGACUCCCGAGAUCAAAGCCCAAGUUGCGAUAGAGAUGGAGCGGGAGGAGCGGAUCAAGAAGGCCGAGGAAGCGAGAAGGGAGCUCGUAAGCGAGAAUGGCUCGAUAAAUGCAUCGCUGUUCUCUGACAAGCGAUCAAGCCUGCUGUCCGAUCACACAGCGAGGCCACUUACGCCGAUGAAAUGGCGCCGGGAUAGGAGUGCCGACACCCUAGACGAGAUGGAAUCCAGCACAAUCUUGAGUCCACGCGUUUCAGCGACCAACUCGGCGUCCUACCGUGCUUCCUCGGCCCGUCCGUCUUCUGAUGCUGGCAGUAACAGCAGCCAGCGUACAACGAUCGCUCUCAACGCAGGCCGUCCAGACUCGCCAUCUCACCUCCUACCUCACAACAGUAAAGUCCACAAACCGAGUCCACUGCACCUAAAACCUACGUCGCCGUCCAUUAAGGCGGUCACCUCACCACCCCUCCCAGUCGAAGAAGACCUUGCUGCUCAGCCACACCUUUUUAAAGGCAGCUUGAUCCUCAGUCCGCGCAAAGCGUCCAGCGUUGAGGCGCGCUGGCUCGAAGCAAUUGGCAAGACAUUCGAAGAUAUCGAUCACCACCAUCCUCGUCAUCCCUCAUUCCCAGUCAACAAUCCCAGCCCUCCGAAGAACACAGACGGAAUGAUGGGUAUCUCAGGCAAGGAGCUCAGAGAGCAAUGGCCGAUGCUGCAGAGGCAUUUAGACGGGAAGCAUGCAAUUGAGGACAUUGCGCCUAGGGAAGGGCUGAAGAGAAAGAGAGUCGCUGUUCUGUUCAAUGCUGUAAGGGAGAAAGGGUGGUUGGUUGUUGUAAGGCAUUGGUAGACACGAGCUCUUUCGCUCGAAACUCGUCGCGAAUAGAGACCCACAGCAACGGAUGUAGAACUACUAUUACCAGCUCAAAUAAGAUUGACCAUGUCUAGCAAU